AUGGCGCAGUUGACUGCAACCACCUUUUCUACCGAUCCAGCUCUCUGGAUCUUUACCUCCCUGACCGCUGGAUCCUCGCAUAUCGUCACCGCUACAUCUCGUCUUGAAACCAUCCUCCGCGCCAACCGCGUACCCUUCAAAGCCAUCGACAUUGCCACCGAUGAGAAAGCCCGCAUGCUCUGGGGCCGUCGUGCCGGCAAAGAUGCCUCUGGUCGCCUGAGAAAGCUCCCAGGCCUUGUGCAAGAAGGCCUCGUGCUCGGCGACAUCACCGAGAUCGAAGAAUGGAACGAAUACGGCGAGCUCAAGCAGCACGUCAAGAUCUACUACGACGAGUUCACGAUCCCCGACAUCAACAACAAGCCCAAAGAACCCAUCAAAAAGAAAAUCAUCAAGAAGGUACCCAAGGGCACAUUGUCGGGCAAUGCCUCCACCUCCACCCCCGCAUCCGCAUCCGCAUCCGGUCCCGCGCCUCCGCCAGCGCCUCCCUUGCCCAAGGCCGAGAGCUCGACUCCUCCUACGGCGAAAGACAAGUCUGUCGAGACACCCAGAGCCUCCACCGACAGCUCCUCCACAAUCUCACACCGCUCUAUCGCCGACGAGGCAGCCAAGAAGGCUAAGGAACUCCGGCUGCAGUCGCUACGCGAUAAGGUCUACGGCAAGAAGGACGAAAAGUCUGCUGAAGACAAGAAGCCUGAGACCGAUGCGUCAUCUGUGGCUACCGCUGGGUCCGAAAAGAAAGUUGAGGUUGCGGCGGACGCCUCUAAGACACCAGAAACGCCCCGGAAAUCUUCCGUGGCCAGUGCCAACAGCGCUUCCUCCAUCCAGAGCGCCAAGCCCGCUGGCCUUCAGUCCCCGACCACAGGCUCAUGGGGCGCCGUCGCCACAACCACUAACCCCGACACCCUGCGCGAGACCCUGCAAUCGCCGACAACGGCCCGCUGGAAGCCCUCCGACGUUGACAAGCCCGUAACGGUGCACAUGGGCGCCGCGGUGGCGUCUGCGUCACAGGAGGAGAUUGCAGCGGUCGAGAAUGCCGAGACCAUCAAGGAGGAGCCCGACAAGGAGAACUCUGACGAGGAUAUCUCACAGAAGAAGGUUGCCGAGGUCGAGAAGGCGCAGGCCAUCAAGGAGGAGCCCGUAAAGGAGGCGGCCGAAGACUCUACCAAGGCCGUCGUGCCGGAGAAACAGACGGCACCGAAGGAAAUCCCUACGACCAGCAAAACCGAGACCGCUACGAAGACGCCACAGCCGGAGGAUGACGACGACGACGAUGACGACGACGAUAGCGACGACAGCGACGACGGCGACGACGACGUAAGUGAACCCGAGACGAACCCGGACGAGGCUAAGGCGAAGUUGGGAUCAGAGGCGAAGGAGGAGGAGAGAGAGGCAAAGGCAGCCGAACCAAAGUCUGACGGAGGGCCCAAGUCUGACGGAGAAGCCAAGCCUGCAGGAGAGUCCAAGAACGAAAAGUAG